UACAAGUUGAUGAACCUCGGCAAAACCCUAGCGAAAUCGAGGCGGAAACACGCGCGCGGUUUGUCUUCUCCGAUCGGCGAAGCCCUUCUUCGCUCGCUAAUCAAUGGCGACGAUACCGGUAAACCCGAAACCGUUCUUGAACAACUUGACCGGGAAGACGGUCAUUGUCAAGCUUAAAUGGGGAAUGGAAUACAAAGGUUUUCUGGCAUCUGUGGACUCCUACAUGAACUUGCAGCUCGGAAAUGCUGAAGAGUACAUCGAUGGGCAAUUAACCGGAAACCUGGGAGAGAUCUUGAUCAGAUGCAACAAUGUUUUAUACAUGCGAGGUGUACCUGAAGACGAGGAACUCGGAGAUGCUGAUCACGACGACUAAAUGUUUAAUGGAGAGAUACUUAGAGGCAAAUGUUAUCCGUUUUGUCUGAAUGUUAGAUAUUAUAUGAACCCUAAAUCCGAUUGAGAACCUGAGGCGAACUGGAUUAAUUUCACGUCGGUCCGUCAAUAUAUUCCAAAACAUUAGAAAAUUAUAGAUGUGUAGCCAAAAUAGUUUUUUUUUUCUGGCUCUUUUUAA